AUGUCGAAUGAACGUUUCAACGGUUGGGCGUAUUUACCCGAUAAUCUACUCGAAGAAAUAUUCUUCUUAUUGCCUAUAAAGAAUAUUAGUCGAUGCUCUCAGGUCUGUUCAAACUGGAAUCGAAUCGCGAAAUCGAAAUAUGUUUGGCAGAAAUUUAAAUUUAAAGAUUAUGCUUUUACCCGACGAAAGUUCACUUCACACUACGGUUGGCAACACGUUAUUGAUCACUGGAGAUUAAGAUUGCUUAUAUUGAAUGCCGCAGAAAAAUGGAGAAAACUUGAAGUGGAACCUGUCACAAUCCUUUUCAAUUUAUAUGAAUUUUUUCGAGUUUUAAUCAAUUUCGCUGAAUAUUAUGAGAAAAAUACGACUUAUCGGCCAUUAACGACAAUAAGGUCAUUCUCGUUCAAAUGGCAACUUCAUAUUCAUCAACGGGGAGAGGAUCAACGAGAGCAAAUGUUUGGAACUGGUGGUGAGAUGCUUAAGGCUUUAUCACUUUUAUUAUCAUAUUUGCAUGGACUUACUGAUCUAACUUUACGUGAAUUACAGUUGGAAUCGUAUGAAUGUAAUAAUUUCAUUGAUGAUAUAUUAUUCAAAUUCAACCAACAAUUGACAUCUUUAUGUAUUGUAAAUAUAACAAAAGCAGCUCGAGCAUUUCUACAGUUUGGGCUUUUUUUAAACUUAAAGCGUUUGGUAAUAUCAGCGCAACAUCUCGAUGAAUCCAUUGUUAUUUUACUUGCUGAUUUAUACAAUUUACAAGUACUUGUUUUAUAUCAGGUUUGGCAUUUUAAUUUUAUUCGAUAUUUAAUUUUACAACCAAAAGCACCAGUCUACGCAAUUAUACAUGAAAAAUCAACUGGUCAACUUACUAGUGAAACUGCACAGUUUAAUUACUCAGAAACUCUUCAAUAUUACAUUCAAGAAGGACUUGAAAGACAUUAUCGCUCCAGAAGAUUUGUCGACAGAGUGGAUUUAUUUUUAAUACAAAUGGCGAUUUGUUCGAAUUUAAAAUUAUUAGUGAUGCGUGAACGUGUAAAUUAUAUGACAGCAAUAUUAUUAGCGUUAACUGCGAGGCAAAAUAAUACAAAUAUAUGCUUAAGAAGAAAUGCUUUACUUAAAAGGGUAUUUUUCUUUUUAAAAAUAAUUUUUAACGUAAAAUAUUUUAUAAUUCCGGUAAUACUGUUGACCAGAUCACUGUUUGAGAAUUUGAUUCUGGUCAGCCUUCUGCUUUGA